CAUUACAAACAGUGUUUGAUAAUCUUUAAAUGUUUUGUGAUGAAUUGAAUUGAACAUUGAAUUGAAUCCUGCUUCAUCUUCUCUUCUUCAGGUUUCUGGGUCCUGCUGCAGAUGAAGCCUGUCAGUAUGUGACUGGAAUUGUGGGUAAAAACCCGUUACUCCUGAGAGAGCUGAAUCUGAGUGAACAUGAACUAGGAGACACACGAGUGAAUCAGAUCGCUGCUCUACUGCAGGAUAAACACUGUCAACUCAACACACUGAUUCUGAAUAACAGCUGUAUCACAGAAGGAGGUUGUCAUGUUCUGGCUGCAGCUCUAAACUCAAACCCUUCAAAUCUGACAGAGCUGGAUCUGAGUGAGAAUAAACUAGGAAACCCAGGAAUGAAGAUCAUCUUGACUCUGUUUGAAAAUGUACAGUGUAGACUGGAAAAGCUGAAGUUAAACUGCAUCAGUAUUACAGAUGAAGGUUGUGCUGCUCUGGCAUCAGCGUUUAAUUCAAACCUCAGAGAGCUGGAUCUGAGCAGGAAUCAAAUAAGAGACUCUGGAGUGACAGAAAUCUCCAGUCUGCUGAGAAAUUCACAGACACUACAGAUACUCAGACUUUCAGAUUGCAGUAUCACUGAAGAAGGUUAUAAAGCUCUGUCUUCAGCUCUGAGAUCAAACCAUUCACACCUGAUAGAGCUGGAUCUCACGGGGAAUGAUCCUGGACAAUCAGGAGUGAAGCAGCUCAGUGAUUUACUACAGGAUCCAAACUGUCAACUGAAGACACUGAGGUUUGUGGGUCCUGCUGCAGAUGAAGCCUGUCAGUAUGUGACUGGAAUUGUGGGUAAAAACCCGUUACUCCUGAGAGAGCUGAAACUGAGUGGACAUGAACUAGGAGACACACGAGUGAAUCAGAUCGCUGCUCUACUGCAGGAUAAACACUGUACACUCAACACACUGAUUCUGUAUGGAUGCAGUAUUACAGAGAAACAGUGUCUCAUCCUGACUUCAGCUCUGAAAUCAAACCCAUCACACCUGAGAGAACUGAAGCUGAGCUGGAAUAAACUCGGAGACUCUGGAGUGAAACACCUCAGCGAUCUACUGAUGAACACACAAUGCAAGCUGGAGAAACUAGAUCUGUGUGGAUGCAGUAUUACAGAGAAACAGUGUCUCAUCCUGACUUCAGCUCUGAAAUCAAACCCAUCACACCUGAGAGAACUGAAGCUGAGCUGGAAUCAAAUAAAAAACACAGGAGUGAAUCACUUAUGUGACGUACUGAAGGAUUCACGCUGUAAACUGGAGAGAUUGAGUCUUUAUGACUGUGGCAUUACAGAUGUUUCUUCUUUAACUCAGUCUUUGAGAAACACAAAAGCUCUGCAGUUUCUAAAAGAGCUUGAUCUGAGAUGUAAUAAGAUUAGAGACUCAAAGCAGCAGCUCAUUGAUGUGCUACGAGACUCAAACUGUAAACUGAGUGUAGAUACACAUCCAUCACCAGAAGUCCCUGAUUGAGUUCAAUCACCAGAAGAUGAUAAAUGCUGUAUAUCAUAGUUUGAAGUCGUCUUGAGAGGAGCAGUAAACAUCAGGUGAAGAUCCACAGAAGAGCUGCACUACUGCGUCUAUGAGGAGAAAUAAAUGUGUGAUAAAUGUGUAAAUGUGAUCCAUACACGUGAAGAGACUCAGACUUUACAAUGAAAUAAUGCAGCAUGUGUUAGAAACAUGAUAUUGAAUGAUUAAUGUUGUUUUAGUAUUCAAAAUAAUGAUCAUUUUGUUUAAUUUAAAGCUGUAACAGAUGAAGAAGCUCAGAUGAGUCUGUCUGGCUCUUCAGUUUAAUAAUAUUUGUAUUAAACUCAUCCAUAAUUAUUCAGAUGUUUAAAUGUGAUUGUCAAGUGCAGCACUUAAAUGUAUCUAAAUAUAUUAAGCAAAUCUUCAAUGUGAAAUUUCCAUGUUACUUAAAACAUUUACAUGAUCUCUCUUACAUUUUAUACACAUUGUUAUUCUGUUUAAUGUUAUAUUAAGUUAGUUAUAUGUCUGUCUGUUGCUAACAAUCACAAAUCCUCUCAUUACAACAAAAGCAGAAACACAAUGUAAAUAAAAGAUGGAUUGUGCAGUUUUGACAGAUGAAUUGAUUAAAACAGGAGUUUUCACACACA